AUGUCUCCUACCGCAAUGGAAAACAAUGUCACUGACGGAACUGGAAUUAUUAAAGUUGAUUCUUGGUUGGAACCUUUUGCUCCCGUCCUGAAACGAAGGCAUGCUUCUUUUAAGAAAUGGGCUCAAGAUAUUAACCAAAAUGAAGGGGGUUUCGAACAGUUUACACGUGGUUAUGAACAUUUCGGUCUUAAUGUACAAUCAAAUGGUGAUAUAGUUUAUCGCGAGUGGGCUCCUAAUGCUACGAAAGCGAGUUUGAUUGGCGAUUUUAAUAGCUGGGACACCUCUUCGCACCCAAUGAAAAAAAAUUCAUUUGGCGUUUGGGAAAUUAGCGUUCCUUCUAACAAUGGCAUUCCCGCUAUCCCUCAUGGAUCAAAAAUAAAAAUAUCCAUGAUUACCCCUGAAGGUGAAAGAAUCGAUCGCCUUCCUGCUUGGAUCAAGCGAGUAACUCAAGAUUUAUCUGUUAGUCCUGCAUAUGAUGCCGUCUUUUGGAAUCCACCACAAAAGUAUUCUUUUAGAAAUAAACCUCCUCAAAAACCAAAAAGUUUGAAAGUUUAUGAAGCUCAUGUUGGUAUAUCUACACCUGAAGGACGCGUCGGUACUUAUAACGAGUUUACGGACAAUGUAUUGAAACGCAUUAAAAAUCUUGGUUACAAUGCUAUUCAAUUGAUGGCAAUUAUGGAACAUGCUUAUUAUGCCUCUUUUGGAUAUCAAGUAACUAGUUUUUUCGCCAUUUCCAGUCGUUAUGGAACUCCCGAAGAAUUAAUGCGGCUCAUCGAUACUGCUCAUGGCAUGGGUUUAUAUGUAUUGCUAGAUGUUGUACAUUCACAUGCAUGUAAGAAUGUGUUGGAUGGAUUAAAUAUGUUUGAUGGUUCCGAUCACUGCUACUUCCAUGAAGGAGGAAAAGGGCGGCAUGAUCUUUGGGACAGCCGUCUGUUUAAUUAUGGCCAUUGGGAAGUACUUCGUUUCUUACUAUCAAAUCUUAGGUUCUUUAUGGAAGAAUACAAGUUUGAUGGAUUUAGAUUCGAUGGUGUCACCAGCAUGUUGUACCUUCACCAUGGUAUCGGUACGGGUUUCUCGGGUGGUUAUCACGAAUAUUUUGGUGAUUCUGUAGAUGAAGAAAAUGUAUCCGGAAUGCCUGGUCUAUGUCGCCCCGUUUCAGAAGGUGGUGUUGGAUUUGAUUACCGCCUUGCUAUGGCUAUUCCAGACAUGUGGAUCAAGCUAUUAAAGGAAACUCGUGAUGAUGAUUGGAUCAUUGGAAAUAUAUGUUGGACUCUGAUUAAUCAAUCACAUGAUCAAGCUCUUGUUGGAGACAAGACUCUUGCUUUCUGGCUCAUGGAUAAGGAAAUGUACACCAACAUGUCAGAGUUGACUCCGCUUACACCAAUUAUUGAUCGUGGUUUGGCUCUCCAUAAAAUGAUUCGUUUGUUGACGCAUGGCAUUGGUGGCGAAGGCUAUCUCAAUUUUGAAGGUAAUGAAUUUGGGCAUCCCGAAUGGCUAGAUUUCCCGCGGGCUGGGAAUAACAACUCAUAUCAUUACGCAAGGCGACAAUGGAAUGUUGUUGAUGACGAAUUACUAAGAUAUAAAUAUUUAAACGAGUUUGACAAAACAGUGCAACACACUGAAGAUAGGUUUGGUUGGUUAGACUCUCCGCAGGCAUAUAUUUCUCUAAAACACGAAGAUGAUAAGAUAAUUGUAUUUGAACGAGGAAAUUUACUUUGGAUUUUUAAUUUUCAUCCAACUAAAUCAUUCACUGAUUACAGAGUUGGUACAGAAUGGGCAGGUCACUAUAAAAUAGUGAUCAAUACCGAUAGUAAAAGGUAUGGAGGACACGAUAGAUGA